AUGUCCCUGCCAUGCCAAAGCGGGUCUUUGGCUGCGUAUUUAGUCUCGGGAAACCGGCUACCUAAACUACCAUUCGAUAGCGCUGCUCCUGCGGCAAAUAAGAGUAAGAGUUUGUCCCACAUGGAAGGUGGUGCCGGGGUACACUUGCCACCUAGCAGAGCGACUUCACUUGAGCACUCUCCAGUCCCGUCACAUGGUUUAUGCAUAGGCGAUAGUCACUCCCUCUACGGUUACACCCGGACUGGCAUGACUCAGGAUGCAGGCCUGACGCAGACUGGCCCGGUGGGUUUGAAAGGAAACAUCCACCCCGGCUUGGUCCCAUUUCCCCAGGCUCCCUACACCACCUGUACUGGUGAGGCCAACGACGUCCCAAGCCAUGGGAAAGCGAGUAACAUGGCGUGGCAGAACCGCGUGGCCGAGGGAGUGGCGCCUUGGCUGGCAAGACCAAGCUUUGGCCAAGGAAGCUUGAGCUCGGCCUGGAUUGCCCGGGCGGGCAACCCCGAGCCGUUGUUUACCUCUGCGAAGCAGUACAUCCAUAAGGGACAUCAUCGCUUACUUUUCGUCGGUGACUCCGUUGCCAAUGCGAGCAGCGGGGACGCGAGGGAUGGAGAAGGGAGUGGGAAGACACCGGCAGCAACCCCGGAGAUAAGCCCUUGCCGGUCCGUGCCUGUCUCCGUCCCGCCCGUCCCUCCUGCCAAUGGGAGAGCUGACCGAAACCACGCCUCUGGACUCCUGUGUAUGAUUCGAAUCCCGCAGCUCCCACUAAGAGGUGGAAUUCAGCCCUGUUACAUCGAGCCGAGAGCUGCUCGCUUUGGGAUGCUGAGCACGUGGGCUCAUGUGUGA